AACCACCCACAGUUAGUAGUAGUAGUAGUAAUAGUAGUAGUCGAUCCCAUGAAGAUGCAGUGUCCGGUCCGCUCAAGGGACAAGACCGAAGAAGGACGUUCGACUCCCUCACCACCCUCGGCCGUGUGUAAGGUGUUAGCAGGGAAAAAGAACAUUACAAAUUCGUCACCGCCACGAGCACGAGAGAUUUUUCGACCAGAACCCAAAAGAAAGCAACCCAAGGCAGUCGUCUUCGUCCUGUAAUCGUCGUUCGGCACAAGAAUUGCACAGGGUCCCUUGAAAUGGCGCCUCCAGUCACAUUGGUUCUUUCUCGAUGUUGUUGAUCCCUUGGGCGACAACCCAUCGGGUCUCACCUUCAGAAGUAUUUCCAAAGUGGAUAAGUGAUGGUCUAGCAGGGCCUAAUUCAAUUACACGACAAGAAAUAAGCACCCCCCGCCAGCAUAAGGGCACACAGGACUUUAAAAGCUGUAAACCAUCCAUUUUGAUUGGGGGCCAGGUGGACAGCUACGGAAAAAGAGAGAGAGAGAGAGAGAGAGAGAGAGACCUUAAGCAUUGACAACCUUUGUGAAGAAACCAGGCCCAAACUUGAAAGCCAUGUCAAGGCGCCAUCCGCCCCAGAAGUGUUAUUGGGAAUUCAGAGUGUGUUUGCCUUCUUCGAGAACAACAUUGCCCUGGAUAUCCAGCCAGUAACUACGCAGUGGAUUCGGGCAGGUGGUCAUUGCUCAAGAACAAGGAGAAGAACAUCGGAAUACAACAACAAUAAACCAACGACAUAAUCAACCCUGAUGUUAAGGAAAUUUUACUACAUCGUUCCUGAAUGAAUUGAAGGCACCGCAACAAGUGACGAUUGAUAAGGACAAUUUGCCUCUUUCACCCCCCCCCGUGUGAAUAGUCAUUCAUUGGUCAGAUUGAAUUGAUCUCGGUUCUGACUCGAAUCGGAUGAUUAAGGGUUUGGCUGACUAGUGAGAGUGAGUGAGUAAGUGUGUCCAGUUUCCUUUGUCACCAAAAUGCCCAAGCCCGUGCUGAGUAUGGAAGUGCCGCACCGGCCGCUCUCUGAACUCAGAGCCGAGUACUGGAUGAUCCAAAAAUUGGGAUGCGGCGGCUUUGGUAAAGUUUAUCUCAUCCGGAAUCGACAGAACCGCGAAUACUGUGCUGCAAAACAUCAGAAAUGGCUCACUCCAGAUACACAAAAGAAUGCUCGUCGUGAGGUGGCGCUAUUGCGGCGGGUGGAACAUCAAAACCACAUAGUUCGGCUCAUGGACUACUUUGAAGGAGAGGAGCAAAGUGUGAUCUUAACAGAGUACCUUCAAGGCGGUGAGCUUUUUCAAAGGAUCUCCUCCAAGGACUAUCAAUUGACAGAGGCCAAAUGCAGAGGGUUCUUUCGACAGAUCCUCAAGGGAGUGGAGUUCAUUCACACCAAGCGUAUUAUUCACCUGGACCUGAAACCCCAGAACAUUGUCCUGGUGUUACCCCAAAAUGUGACUGUGAUUGAGGAGGAUCAGCUCAGCGAAAGCCGUUCCUCGACAUCGUCUUUCCGGAACCGCAGUAGUUUCACACACACGGAAGACCGGCUGAAGAUCAUUGACUUCGGGUUGGCCAAAGAACUAGGUCUAUAUGCGGACCGAAUCCCAAUCACUAUGUGCGGGACACUUGAAUUCAUGUGCCCAGAGGUAAUGCGAUGCUCACACGCCUCACCUGCCUCGGAUAUGUGGAGCGUUGGUGUGAUACUAUACAUGAUGCUCUCGGGGGGAUUGUCGCCAUUCUGGGCCGGAUCAGAAUACCGCACCCAACGUCGAAUCAUACGUGGGAUCUACAGCCUUGAGCAUCCAAACUUCAAGGACAUCACACAAAACGCAAUGGAUUGUAUCGAAAAGCUCUUGGACACGGAUGGCUCUCGACGGCUGACCGCAUCGCAAUGCCUUGAGCACCAAUGGCUCACCGGGUCAUAUUUGGAUACGUUGAAGGCCUUGGAAACCACUUGGAUGAGGAAAUACUUGGCCAAGCGUCGAUGGCAGCGCUGGUACAACACGGUUCGAGCUAUGAAUCGGAUGCAACGCUUAAUCCAAGACGCUGGGAACCCUGAGGUCGAAGCGUUCACCAUGAGUCCUUUCAGUGUGACCACCCCGAAGGAAAAGUGGGUGUAAAAGGCCACUCUCCAAUUUAAUGUCAUCAAUUCCCCUCUUCCCUUGAUCUCUUACAGACAGAUUUAAGUACGGACACAAAUGAAUGGACAUUGACAGACAGACCCAAAUACGCCAGAAAAGAAGGCCAAAGAUUUGCAGACCAGGAAGAACCAAUGGACCACGUGUGCCAUCAUCGCCCACAAAUGACUAGUCUUUUAAUUGUCCGUAAUGGCAUUAAACAUGACGAUGGUUACAUUGAAAGUAGACAUAUCCAUUGAUUUCGGAGUUUUGGGCAAUAGAUUAGCCCCUUCCCCCUCAUCUCUCCCGUUUACGCUCUUUGUCUUCCUCCCCACUUCAUCCAUUGUUCUUUUUUUAAUGUCUUGGAAAACGACAGCCAACUUUCCCAUCCUCUUAUCUGAAUUGCCUUUUCACAUAGAACCAAGCGUUUUGAUUUUCAUACCUACUUACUCUCCAUGAAAUCUUAUAUCAAAACCAUCCUGCAGUGCCAUAUUAUCGAAAUUUGUACAUCCAAUGUUUCUCUUUUUACUCGAGCACCUCUUCAACCACCCGCACUUAGCCAAUUGAACUACCGAUAUCAAGAAUGAGCCCUGCAAAGGCCUCUUUGUAUUUACUCCGUAAUGCAGGGGAAUCUGCCUCCAAUAAAUAACAUAUUCUCCAAUUA